CCCAUUAUGUUAGGUGACAAUAGGACCAAUCCUCACCCUACCACCUUCCAACUGCUUGGCAUUCCAGGACUGGAGGCUGUCCACAUAUGGAUCUCCAUCCCUUUCUGCCUGGUCUACCUACUGUCACUGAUGGGAAAUAUCAUCCUUCUACUAAUUGUCAAGACAGACCGUAAACUACAUGAACCCAUGUACCUCUUUCUAUGCAUGCUGUCAGUGGCUGAUUUGAUGCUUACUUCUUCUACACUUCCCAAGAUACUCAGCCUCUUCUGGUUCAAUUACAGAGAGAUCUACUUUGAAACCUGCCUCACUCAAAUGUAUCUUGUCCAUUCUCUGUCUACUAUGGAAUCUGGAUUUAUUUUAGCCAUGGCUUUUGACCGCUACAUAGCCAUCUGUCACCCAUUAAAACAUUCCACUAUCCUAACACCUGCAGUGAUUGCAAGCUUGGGUUCAGUCAUUCUAUUCAGAGGAGGCAUACUCCUCAGUCCACACCCCUUCCUACUGAGGUGGCUUUCCUACUGUAGAACUAAUGUAAUCUCCCAUACCUACUGUGAGUUUAUGGCCCUGAUAAAGCUGGUUUGCAAUGAGACAAAAAUUCGUAGAGCUUACAGCCUAAUUGUGGCAUUCUUGACAGGAGGAUUAGAUUUCAUAUUGAUCAUCUGUUCCUAUGUCCUUAUUCUCUUCACUGUCUUUAAUCUCCCAUCCAAAGCUGCCCGCCUCAAGACUUUAAGUACAUGUGUCUCCCAUGUAUGGGUCAUCUUAGUGUUUUAUACACCAGCCUUUUUCUCUUUUCUUACUCAUAGGUUUGGCCACCACAUUGCUCCACAUAUUCACAUUUUUAUAGCCAAUAUUUAUCUUCUUAUUCCACCCAUGAUGAAUCCCAUUAUUUAUGGUGUUAAAACCAAAAGAAUCAGGGAAGGAUUAUUUAAAUUGUUAACAACCAAAUGUGUUUGA